AUGAAGGUCCUGGCAGCAGGAGUCGUGCCCCUGCUGCUGGUUCUGCACUGGAGACACGGGGCGGGGAGCCCCCUGCCCAUCACCCCCGGCAACGCCACCUGCGCCACCCGCCACCCCUGCCACACCAACCUCAUGAGCCAGAUCAGGAGCCAGCUGGUGCAGCUCAACGGCAGUGCCAACGCCCUCUUCAUUCUCUAUUACACGGCCCAGGGGGAGCCGUUCCCCAACAACCUGGACCGGCUGUGCGGCCCCAACGUGACGGACUUCCCGCCGUUCCACGCCAACGGCACGGAGAAGGCGCGGCUGGUGGAGCUGUACCGCAUCGCCGCCUACCUGGGCGCCGCCCUGGGCAACGUCACGCGGGACCAGCGGACCCUCAACCCCGCGGCCACGGGCCUGCACGGCAAGCUCAACGCCACGGCGGACGCGCUGCGCGGCCUGCGGAGCAACGUGCACUGCCGCCUGUGCAGCAAGUACCACGUGGGCCACGUGGAGGUGGCCUACGGCCCCGACACGGCCGACAAGGACGUCUUCCAGAAGAAGAAGAUGGGCUGCCAGCUGCUGGGGAAGUACAGGCAGGUCAUGGCGCAGCUGGCCCAGGCCUUCUAG